AUGCAGCCCGUGAACUCGAUCUACUUGCUGCUUCUGGUCGCUCCUAUCACAACCGCAGUUGAUUCUAACCAACUAAUAUCAGCUAUUGUGCUAUUCCGCCAUGGAGCUCGUGCGCCCACCGACAAACUGUCGAACGACACCUUUCAGCAGUACUUCCCUAAUGGGCUUGGGGAACUGACCGAU